AUGGGUUUCGAAGAUGGUAUAAACAAGCUUCGGAUUCCAGUUUUUGAUCUCCUGCGUCAGAACUCACUGGUGGUCAUACGUUUUAAGUGCCAAUUUGGCCAGAACUCUAUUGACUAUCUAGGGCAUAUUAUUUCGGCAGAUGGUCUACAAGUUGACCUUACUAAGAUCAAAGAAAUUGAUUCUUGGACCCUCCAUACCUCUGUCAAAGAUGUUCGUGGGUUUCUGGGACUCACCGGCUAUUACCGUCAUUUCGUCAAAGGCUAUGCUCUACUGGCUUCUCCACUGACUGAUCUCUUAAAGAAAGAUGCCUUCAAAUGGUCUGAUUUGGAGACCAAGACAUUUACUCAGUUGAAACAGGCUUUAAGCAUAGUUCGUGUCCUUCGUCUCCCGAACUUUGCUAAACAUUUCUCUAUUGAAACUAAUGCUUCGGGUUGUGAUAUUGGAUCUGUUCUCUCCCAAGAGGGCCAUCCUAUUGCAUUUUUAGUUAAACGUUAUCUCCAAGGAUGCAGGUCGCUUCGACAUACCACAGAUAAAGAUGUUUUCCAUCACCCAAGUGGUUAA